AUGACAAUAAUUUCCGAUCUUCCAGAGCAUUUGGUAGAGGAGAUUGUCUCUAGGGUUCCCUUGAAAUUGAUGAGAACAGUACGAUUAACUUGCAAAAAGUGGGAAACUUUAUACAAAAGUCAGAGUUUUUCAAAGUUGCAAUUUGGUAAAACAACCGCUUCAAAGGAAGGUGAGUCUAUGAUGGUCGCAGUAAUGGAUUUCAGUCUUUAUUUAAUGAGCCUCGUCUUCGCAGUCGAUGGAGAACCAUCUAUACAGACCAAAGGUACACUUACUUGUGAUAACGAACAAGUCAAAAUAUCUCAAGUUUUUCAUUGCGACGGUUUAUUGUCGUGCAUCUUGAAAGCAGACCGCACUAAGGUUAUGGUUUGGAAUCCGUAUUGGGGGGAAACAAGGUGUAUCGAAUUCAGAUAUACUCAUCUCACAUGUGAAUGGGACUGGUGUAGUUACGCUCUCGGAUACGAGGACAAAAAUUCUUGUCGUAGCUACAAAUUAUUGAGGUACAUAGAUCACGGUAACCAUGUACCCAAACAACAAGAGUUGUUUUUGUAUGAAAUAUACGAUUUCGACAGUGGUUUAUGGAAGACUCUUAAUGUCACUCCAAACUGGCGUAUAGCAUAUUAUCAGCGUGGCGUGUCUCUCAAGGGAGACACUUACUGGUAUGCUUCAGAAAGGAACUCAGAUGACGAUCUUGACAGUCACAUAAUCUGUUUUGAUUUUACAAAUGAGACGUUUGGGCCGCUUCUGCGUCUGCCGUUUAACGUUGGGAAUGAUGACUAUGUGACUUUAUCAUGUGUUAGUAGAGAAGAGAAGCUUGCGGUUUUACUUGGGCACAUCCACAUACGUCCAGAGGAGUUUGAGAUAUGGAUUAGCACUAAGAUUGAGGCCGAAAAGGUUUCGUGGAGCAAGUUCUUGACAAGGGAUACGAGACCUUACUUUAUAGCUGACACUAUCUUCACUGACGAGGAGAAGAAAGUCGUCAUCAGUUUUAAACAAGAUUACUGUCGCAAAACAUUUAGCAUCAUUGAAGAGGCUGAGUACUGUAAAGAGUUGUAUGUCAGAGAACUUGCAGACCUAAGAUGCAGGCCAAAUGCCUGCUCUUAUGUUCCAAGCUUAGUGCAAAUCAAGCAACCUGCUGGAGGAGGGAAAAAGGAAACACAAUAA